AUGACGGAAUUGACAUACACAUACAUCAAACAAAGGAAAGAAUUUGGCGGCCCAUAUAAAUUUAGCGAUAAAGAUGAAUUAAUUGUUGAUAUUGCUCCAAAUCCUGAUCUUUGCGAAGGCAUAAAAAUCAUGGAAACGGUUGAUAAAUCAGUUGAUAUUGUAAAAGUAAUGGCAGAACAUGAAGUAAAUACUACCCGUGCUGAUUAUACUCAAAACAGCAUGAACCAUACUGAAGGUGGUUGGCCCAAAGAUUUGAACUUCAUGGAUAGCGAACAAACAUUACGGUUCAGGAAAAAAAUCGAAAAAGAUGAAAUGUAUACACACUCAAUUCUACAGUUACUUCUCCCAAUGGAGCAUUGUGUUCAUCAGAAUAAUGCUAUAAAUAUUUAUGAGUUAUAUUUUGAAGACUGUGAAGAUAGCGAUAUGGUUGAACAACAGGCAUUCAGAACUGUUAACGUUUUUCGUGACCCGUUACCAAUAAAACGGCCUGUUUCAAAUAUAUCAUGGUCACCUGAUCAAGGAUCCCGAUUAGCUGUCAGCCAUUCCAAUUUAGAUUUUCAAAAAGAAAGUAAUGAUGCACACAUCAACUCUUAUAUAUGGCAUGUUGAGAACCCUAACAGACCCGAACUAGUUAUUGACGCCGGUGUACCAAUUGUCUGUUUGGAAUACAACCCUAGAGAUGUAAAUACUCUUGUCGGAGGCCUCUACAAUGGUCAAGUUGCUUAUUGGGAUGUUCGGAGAGGUGGCCAACCACUAAAGUUUUCUGAUCACUACGAAAGCUUCCGAGAUCCUGUAACUUGUGUACUUUGGGUGAAUUCUAAAUCUGGUACGGAAUUUUUCUCAGCUUCAACUGAUGACAUAACGAAAGCAGAAGAGCAGCUCCUAAAAAGAGCAUUAGGAGCUUCAGUUUUGGAGUACGAACCUACCAUACCAACAAGAUUCAUGGUUGGAACUGAAAUGGGAGUGGUUGUAAGUGGGAACAGAAAGGGCAAGACGACUACUGAAAAACUUGGUGUUCAGUAUAAAGCGCACCAUGGGCCAAUUUGGUCAUUACAGAGAAAUCCAGCAUUUUUAAAGAAUUUCUUAACUGUUGGAGAUUGGACAGCAAGAAUUUGGUCAGAAGACUGUAGAGAGUCGGCUAUUAUAUGGACCAGGUGA